AUGGAAGAAACCCGUUCCGUGCUGUUGCCGGUUAGACUUAAGGUCAAAAAGAUAGUUGACCCCAUGGGGCGAAGAAAAUCGAAAACGUACAUAGUUGUUCCAGCUGAAAUACUUGGAAUAAUUCUACCACUUCUACUAGGAGUAGCCUUUUUAGUUCUAGCUGAACGUAAAGUAAUGGCUUUUGUGCAACGUCGAAAGGGUCCUGAUGUAGAGGGAUCAUUCGGAUUGUUACAACCUCUAGCAUAUGGUUUAAAAAUGAUUCUAAAAGAACCUAUUUCACCAAGUAGUGCUAAUUUCUCCCUUUUUAAAAUGGCUCCAGUGACUACAUUUAUGUUAAGUCUAGUUGCUUGGGGCGUUGUACCUUUUGAUUAUGGUAUGGUAUUGUCAGAUUCGAACAUAGGGCUACUUUAUUUGUUUGCCAUAUCUUCGCUAGGUGUUUAUGGAAUUAUUAUAGCUGGUUGGUCUAGUAAUUAGGGGGCGGCCGUUCGGUCGCCUAUGAUACUAGGACCAAUAGGUCAAAAAUGGGUUUGUGCCGCAGGUGUUGAACGAUCUACUCUACACGGGUGUGGGCUUACAGGGCUAGGGCUCAUAAACCCUUUCUUUCAUUCAUUAAUAGGGCCCUAGUCGGUCACUUUUCCGGGCCAAGAUCGAUAAGUGGAAGUCAUAAAAAAGAGAUGUUUCUCUUCGCACCUCAGAUCAAGAGGAAGGGUAGCUUGUCAAGCUGGAUAUAUAUUUAUUUAUAUCUUUUUAUUUAAAUAUUAUUCUAAAAUAUAUAAAUAAAAAGAUUCGUUGUCUUUUAACCGGCUGUUCUUCUUUGUCAACGCCUACUAAGGACCUAUAGGUUCGCCUACUUUACUUAUGAAAGAUAAUGAGAAUGGGUUCUUAAAAAAAGAAAAGGCACUACUUAGCCCUACAUUAGUAGAAGUAAGCGGCUGAGUUAGCCUACCCUACUAAUGUAUUGUAUAGUAGGGUAUAGUAGGCGAGCGAGUUAGCGAAGAUGCUUAGGCUAAUAGAUAAGAGAGCGUCGGUGCGUAGCCUUCAUUCUACU